AUGGGUCUUUCCUGGGACGAAGCACAGGCCAAAGCACGAGACAGGGUUCAGUGGCAGUGUAUGACUGCGGCCUUAUGCCCCAACCGGGACGAAGAGGAUAAGUAAGUAAGGAAGUAAGUAAUCCAACAGCUCUCCCUCUCAGUACAGAUAUUUGUUUUGUGUUUUCUGUACAAACUUCUGUACUUGUUAUAAGAAAGUAAACCUGACAACAGAAGAAAAUAACAGAAAUGUGACGUUAACGGUGAAAAACAUCUCAAAAGCGUUCAUCCUCCUCUACUAUCUAGUCAUCUUGAAUGUGUUGUGAACUUCUCUGACCUUUUCAGAUCUGAUCUACACUUGAAAUCAUGACCGGCCUCUCUCUGUUUUGUCCAUUUUCAUUCACACUGACUGUUUAAUUCAUAUCUCAGUGUUUGCUGCUCGGCCUCCACACUGCAGCUGCUGUCUUAUACGUUCAUCCCACCUCCUCUGCUAAUAUCACUUUCUGUGAUUUGUAAUGAAUCCACUUUUAAAGAGAGUCUUUAAAAGUUAUUAUUAGCGUGACUCCACUUUGACACUUGAGUUUACUGCGAGUCCACAAACACACUUAACGCACUAAAAGGUUUCAGCUUCAUGUUUAUAUCAUUAAAGUGAGAGACGUUCAUGAACGGGCCGAUAAAGUGUGUGAUGUUGUUUUUGUUUUUUUGCAAUCAUCUACAUUUUCCUGUAAAAACUUCACACAUGAGAGGAGAGGAUGUCGGAGUGAAAACAUCUGCCGCCCCGGAGAGAAUCUGAGGAAUGUGGUCCGAGGAGAGCGCUCUUAUCAGAGUGUGGUUUUAAUCCCAUCCUCUCUCUCUCUCUCUCUCUCUCUCUCUCUCUCUCUCUCUCUCUCUCUCUCUCUGCUGUUACUGUACCUCCACUGGAGGUCAGGGGCCUGGAGGAGUCGCAGUCAACCUGAAUGAGUCUGUGAGGGACGGGGUCUGUGUGAUCUCAGAGAGUCACAGGUUUGGAUGUUUGCCGCUCAAUAAAAAACUAAUCUGCGUGUAACCGCUGAGUUCUGCUCUGUGCUGAAUGUGAUUUUAACUACAUGCAGAUUAUUGAGAAUACAUCAUAAAGUAAUUGCAGCUCAGAGGAGCACAAUGAAAGUCUAAAAUUAUACACUUUAGUGAGUUUCCUGCAGCGAAAACAAAAUGCAAUAAAUCUGAUCAGGAUGCAUAAGUGACUCUGACAAGUUUGAGUGAAGACGCACCAAAAGACUCACUCGUGUUCACAUUUGAGAGGGACUGUGGUUAAAAUAAUCACUGAACGUGUGACUGAGUGAGGCGUUCAUAGUUUCACUCUGCUGUAACUCUGUGUCUGAAUAAAAAGAGGGAGUUUUAACAAGAGGAAACUUCUUCAUAAGAGUCUGAAACCUUCAGUGAAUCAUGUGAUCAUAAAGUCAAACACAAAUCAAAACUUUUUAGGUUUAAAAAGUUCAGUCCUUUACCCUCCUCCUGUGUUAGAGUCUGCACCAACGCGCUUUUGAUUUUAAAUGCUUAAUAGAAACACUUUUUUGCAUUAAAACUUUUUGACCUUGUCGGGAACCUCUAUGUCAACAAAAUAAAAACAAAAAUUUUAAAUUGACUAAAUUAUAAAAUGCUGUCAUUAAAGUUAUGGCACUUGUCGUGUUGGGGUUGCUGUUGUUUUAGAGUAAAAAUCAAUAAUUAGAGUAAAAGCCGAAAUCAUAAGUGCACUGACAGUCAGAUCAUCUUCCAAUCAUGUGAGAUUUAGGAAAUUCUCAUUUUUCAUGUUUUUCCUGCAUAAAAAACUACAUUGAGCAUGUCCAGACAUGUGAGAUCAGUUCAGUAUAGAUGUCUGUGUGAGGGAUAUACUGACAAAGAAAGGCCCAGAGGACCACAAAGAAAACUAUUAGAAACAAUAUUUUCAUGGAUAACGAAGCCGAACAAGAAAACCUAGAGAUGAGAACCAAACUGGAUGAUAGAGAAUUGUUUUUAGUGUAAUUUACAGCUGAUUUUACAGCACUUUACUCCUUGGUUUUUAACACAUUGUAGUGUUAUUUUGUUUGAUAUCAUCAUAGCGCUGUGAGCCUGCUUAUUUAUUUAUUUAUUUAUUUAUUCAUGCAUUUAUGUAUUCUUGUUUGCUUUAUCUUGUUCUUUGCUUGUUUCAUUUGUUUUUAUGUCUCAAUGUACAGCACUUUGGCUACCCCCGUGGUUCUUUUAACUGUGCUAUAGAAAUAAAGUUGAUUGAUUGAUUUAAGACACGGUUCAAACCUGACCCUUAACAUGGUGGGUGUGUAGUAGAAGCUAAAACAGGAGGAGGGUUAAAAAAUGUCUUUUCUUUGGUCCAAAUGAGCAAAUUUAUUCAUUUUCUGUUACAAAUCAGUUUUGACUUCGUCUUAUUGUCUGAGUUCACCACAAAAAUUCUAAUAUUUUAGGUCUAAACACUAAACAGACUCCCUUGUUAUGUCUGAGGCCGAGUAUCUUCUCCUCUCUCUCAGAUCUUUUUGUCUUUUCUUGUUAGAUUUUCUUCUUGGCAGCUUCAAACACUCAGAGAAGGAUUUGCACUCUGUUUGCUCAGCACUCAGCCCGACCGCAGCGGGACCCGGACUUUCAAACACGCUGGGGAUGCCGCAGAAAUGCCCGUUUCAAUCAGAGGGAGCCAAAGCAGCUGGAGGGACGGUAAAAAAGAUGAGUCUGCUGGUGGUUUCUGACUCAGGAGCUGCAGAUAGUAGGAGAGCGUUUACAGCUCGACUGCUCAAUGUGAAAGUCAUUACAGGCUCCUGA